UUUUCCUAUAAGUCUCAUUGAUUUUGCAGGCAACCGACUACAGAGUUACCAACCGUGUCUUCUUUGAUAUGCAAAUGGGUGGACAGGAUAUCGGAAGAAUAGAAAUCGGUCUUUUUGGAAAUGUUGUGCCAAAAACUGUCAAGAACUUCGUCACUUUGGCCACAACUGGAGUCAAUGGGAAGACAUAUGCCAACUCUACAUUCCACAGAGUCAUCAAGGAUUUUAUGAUUCAAGGAGGUGACAUCAUCCACGGUGAUGGAACUGGCUCAAUCAGCAUUUACGGUACAAAAUUCGAUGACGAAAACUUCAACCUGAAGCACGAUGGACCAGGAUUCGUCAGCAUGG